AUGAGCAUGAUGGGAGAAUUAACUUUUUUUCUCGGGCUUCAAAUCAAACAGUCUCCUAAGGGGAUUUUCAUUAGCCAAACCAAGUAUACUAAGAAACUUAUAAAGAAGUUUGGCAUGGAGAAUGCUAAGUCGAUCGGUACCCCAGUUAAUCCAACAACGAUGCUCGAUGAAGACAGCGAUGGAAAGAAUGUGGAUGAAACCAUGUAUAGAGGGAUGAUUGGUUCCUUGUUAUAUCUCACUGCUAGUCGACCAGAUAUUAUGUUCAGUGUCUGCAAGUGUGCAAGAUUUAAGUCAGCUCCUAAGGAAUCCCAUCUCACUGCUGUAAAACGUAUUAUUAGAUACCUUAUUGGUACCUCUGAGCUAGGAUUAUCGUAUGAUCACUCUAACAAUUUUGCCUUAAGAAGAUUUUCAGAUGCAGAUUUUGCAGGUGACAAGAUUGACAGAAAAAAGCACCAGUGGCACGUGUCAACAUUUGGGAAAUUCACUAGUAUCUUGGCAUAG